UCCUCUUCUUUCCAGACAUGCAAAAUUACUCUGGCAGCCCUGGAUGCGUCUCUAUGCUGCGCUGCUGCUGCCGCCGCCUCUGACUUUCCCCUUCCAGAUGUUGACAGGCUCCAAACUGAAUCGGCGGCUUGAGAGGAAGGUCUCUUCUCGGAUCUGCAUGGAAAGUGAACGGGGGAUGAACGGCAGAAGGGCAGAAAAAACGAAGUUGGAUAUUUUUCUGGCACAUGGAGGCAAUUACCCAGAGCACAUUCCAGAGGCGCUGCUUUGAAUGUUGAGCAGGUCUGCUUGUCAUUCCUGAGUGGGAAGAAGUGAAGGGGAAAACAAAAAAAAAAAAAGGAGAGGAAGAAAGGUCUUUCUCCCAGAGGCGGAAUGUCGGUGCUUUCCAUCCUUUUCCUAGCCUCCUGUUCUACUUGGAUGUCACAAGCUCAGACAGAAUUUAAAAGAGUGGCCGAAGCCAACGUAACUUUGCCCUGUCAUCAUCGCCUACACCUUCUGGAGCCAGCGAGUCUGGAUAUAGAGUGGCUGCUAAAGAAUUCUGAAGCUAAACCCAAAGUGGUAAUCACUUAUGCAGGAGGCAACAUCUAUCAUGAUAUGAUCGAAGAACAAAAGGGUCGUGUUUCAUUCGCCUCUAAUUUCCUGACUGGAGAUGCCUCUUUGGAGAUUUCUCUUCUGCAGCCAAGUGACUCUGGGCAAUAUACGUGCAAAGUUAAAAAUGCUGGACAGUAUGAAUGGACACACAUCACUCUGAAGGUUCUGGAAAAACCUUCGAAACCCAAAUGCUGGAAAGAAGGGGAAGCAUCUCAAGGAAAAGAAAUCACUUUACAGUGUAACUCCGCCUCUGGCACAGCCCCUAUUAUGUACACAUGGCAGCGUGUAGAUGCAAAGGGAAAACUUGAGCCUCUGCCACCCUUGACACACCUCAAUCUCUCUAAUCCUGCCCAAAUUAUUAUGAAGAAUCUCACAUGGAUGUUCACAGGAUCUUACCAAUGCACUGCCUCCAAUGAGGCUGGAGAGGACAACUGUGCUAUACAGGUGACAGUGCAACAUCCCCCAAAUGUUGGCAUCAUUGCUGGAGCAAUCUGUGGAGUGAUGGGAGUAUCCUUGCUAGUUGUCUUGGCUGUGUGGCUAACUAUCAAAAGGAAAGAAAAAAAUAAAUAUGAAGAAGAGACUCCAAAUGAAAUCAGAGAAGAUGCAGAGGCACCCAAGGCCCGACUGGUCAAGCCUGGCUCUUCCUCUUUGGGCUCCAGAAGUUCACAUUCUGGUUCUUCCUCAACAAGAUCAACAGAAAACAGUGCCUCUCGCAGCCAGCAAACAUUGUCAACAGAAGCUACUCCACACCUAACACCAACACAACACAGCCACCUUGAGAUGAAUGGCAGGAAAAUUGAGCCAAAGAGAAGUAACUACACCAGUUUGAUCAAAACAGAAGCAACCCCUACACUGAUGCCUGCCCAAAGUUGAGCUUUUCAAACCAUUUGAUUACUGUUCCAUCUAUUUGGGCUCCAGCUAUAUCCAUAAAUUAGUACAUACACCACCAGCAUUAUGCAAUUAUUUUAUUUUCCAAUGCAACAUUUGUUUUCUAUAUUUGUGCACAUACAAACA